AUGGAGGCUAAUCAAUCCCCACCGCCACCAGCAGGCCUAACCCAAGAAGAAUAUAUGGAGCUCAAACCCUUGAUUGACACAUACCACAAAUUUGAGGCAGCACCCAACACAUGCACAUCCCUAAUAACCCAACGCAUUGAUGCACCAGCAGAUGUUGUGUGGCCUUUUGUUCGUAGGUUUGAUAACCCACAAAAGUACAAGCACUUCAUCAAGAGUUGCAACAUGAGUGCCGGUGACGGUGGUGUAGGCAGCGUCAGAGAGGUUACAGUUGUUUCUGGGCUGCCAGCUUCUACAAGCACUGAAAGGCUAGAGAUUUUGGAUGAUGAGAAUCAUAUAUUAAGCUUUAGGGUUGUUGGAGGUGAACAUAGGCUAAAUAAUUAUAAGUCUGUUACAUCGGUCAAUGAGUUUAACAAGGAAGGCAAGGUUUACACUGUUGUUUUGGAGUCAUAUAUUGUGGACAUACCAGAGGGCAAUACAGUUGGAGAUACAAAGAUGUUUGUGGAUACUGUUGUGAAGUUGAAUCUUCAAAAGCUAGCAGUGGUAGCAAUUGCAUCUUUGCAUGGACAUGGAUGA